AAGUAGCAUGGGAUUUUAUUACUAAGCAACAGAGACCAGCGCAUACCGGCGAAUUGGUAAAAACGGUAGUAAACUGUACCAUCGACUUUAACCACAUUCAGAGAACAUAUGCCAAAUAAGCCUUCGCUUAGACUCUGCAUUCCGUUGUCGUUAUACUGUGAUAAGUUAUUUUCCGCUUGAGAUAGGAUCAGAUCGAGCAGGUUGCUCUGUCAUGAAUACAUUUAAAGAUCCCCCGUUUGCUGCGACAGAAAUGCAUGCGAACAAUCUCCAAAAUCACGACUCUCACUGUGGAACCGAUGUGGCCCGUGCACGCUGGGCUCUUCUGCGACAGGUUCUGAAACAGAAGCAGCUCGACAGUUCAGUGUCAGUGCGAAGAUUCUCCUCCUUUAACCUGUUCUCCAGGAGCAGGGUCACUCCCACAGAGACGGAUGAGCCAUGGGACCGGCAGUGGGUGGAGUACAGAAGUGCAGUCUUUCCUCAGUACAGUGCCUUACUCAGAGACAAUCUUGGUCCAGUUAGAGUGAAUGAGGUGCUCAGCAGCUUUGACAACACAGGAAAUGUCUGUGUCUGGCCUUCUGAAGAGCUGAAAAACUUCACUCUCAUACUCAUGUACUUCAAUGUUAACGCUAAACGGCGCAUCAAACCCCUCCGUGUCUCUCUGUCUAACAGGGGCUCCACGGUGUGUGAGCUGGGUGGAGGGAUGACGUGUCUGGCCGGUCUCAUGAUUGCGGUUUGUGCUGAUGUGAAGGAAGUGCUGCUAUCUGAUGGCAACGAGAAGGCAAUUCAAAAUGUGCGCAGUGUUAUCGAGAGGAACAGGCGAGAGGGGGUCUUCCUGUCUACCGAUGUGUCCAGCAGGGUGGUGAGAUGGGACAAUGAGGCCGAUAUGUCCACUCUGGAGGGUCGCUUUGACGUGGUGAUGUGCGCUGACUGUCUGUUUCUUGACCAGUACAGAGGGAGUCUGGUUGAUGCACUAAGAAGAUUACUGCGACCUGAUGGCACGGCUCUAGUAUUUGCUCCUACCAGAGGAGACACACUGGCAGAAUUCUGCAGACUGGCAGAAAGCGCAGGCCUGAGAGUGUGUCGCUAUGACAACUACGACUCACACUUGUGGGACCUUCACCUGAAGAUGCAGAGAGAGGGAAAGGAGGUGUACGAUGAGAACAUCCACUAUCCUCUUCUCCUCACUCUAACUCACGGAUCCAGUCCAGCCCUGAUCUGAGCUGGGCAAAGCCAUCUCAUGCCAGGCUGCCUUUCUGUACCGCCCACCCCGGCUUUGCCACUGUGUCCUCACCUGCUGUGUGUGUGUGUGUGUGUGUGUGUGUGUGUGUGUGUGUGUGUGUGUGUGUGUCAGGCCUAAGCAGCCUCUCACCACACUCCUCAACUUGGAUAACUUUUUUAACUACCGUGUGUGUGUGUGUGCAGUGAAACAGACUAUGUAGGUGAGUUGCCAUGUGUGCGUGUACUUGACCUGUUUACUGUGCAACAACAGUGUGAAAUGCAUUAAAUGGGAAUGGAGAACACAUCCCUCCCUCUCAUCCUACAAACACUGCGGAUGUGAUGCUCAGAUAUGAACUUAUUCAAUGCCUGUGAGUAUACUGUACGUGAUAUCAGAGAUGAUGAUUCAGGGCAGAACGUUACAAAUUUAUGAAUUCAACUCUGGAGGCUUAUACAGCUAAUCAGGUUCACAGGACUAUCUUCGCCUCUUUACAAAGACGUAAAUGAGGCCGUAGGGUCGUCUUGAUCAUGAGAUCUUGUUAUCAUAAUGACACCAGCUCUCAGUUAGCUACUGAUUCUGUAUCUACAUUCAAAGGCUCAUUCUGACACCAAAGGUUAUGAGGGGAUGGAUGCUGCUGCGCUGAAUGUUAUUUGCUUCACUGUGAAAUGCUCUCAUCUGGCAUUUUUUAUCGAAGAACUGACAAGAUAUGACAGAUUAGGCCAGACUAAGACUGAACUGAUAUCUUGACAGCGUCACACUACCACUGGUAAGAACUGCAGCACUGUUCUCCACUGAGUCCUGUAUGUUUAGAGUGCACUCACUAUGCAUGCUGGACCAAUGGCCUCAUAAAGAGAUGAAAAUGGUGUCAUAAUUUAUCAUGUCUUUUGAAACCCAUUUGAUUUUCUUUUAACCUUAGAAUGUAAAAAGGGUUAUUUGUAGCAGAAUGUCCAAAUUGUUUUUUCUAUACAAUAAAUGUGAAUGGUGAUCAUAACUACCAAGCAACAUUUUCAGAGUAUAACAACUUAAGUUUCAUUCUUUUUUUGCACACAAAGGCUUCAGAGGACAGAGGAAAGCUGGGUGGACAGGGUGCUUUUUUUGCCCUUUUUUUGAACGGACAGCCUCUGGUCAUCAUCCACUUUCAUUGAAUGGAAAAGGGCAGCAUUGACACUCUGCUAAACUUCUCUUUUUAGAUUCCAUGGAAGAAAGAAAAUACUAUGUGUUUGGAAACGACAUGAGGGUGAGUAAAUGAUGACGAUUUUGACAUUUAAAUUUAAUUAAUGGAUACAAUUCAUAUGAGUUCUGUAUACAGACCCCUUUCCGCCAUGAAAACAAAAUACAA